UAAACCGGAAGUAAACGUUGUAGACCCGGAAACACAUCGUAGCACAGGGGGUUGUUUCUUUCAGAGGAACCCGCACACGAUCGGCUGACAUGGCUAACAGGACCGUGAAAGACGCCAACAGCAUCCAUGGCACCAACCCUCAGUAUCUGGUGGAGAAGAUCAUCAGGACUCGGAUCUACGAGUCGAAGUACUGGAAGGAAGAGUGCUUCGGCCUGACCGCCGAGCUGGUGGUGGACAAGGCCAUGGAGCUGAAGUUCGUCGGAGGGGUUUACGGAGGGAACAUCAAACCCACCCCCUUCCUCUGCCUCACGCUGAAGAUGCUACAGAUCCAACCAGAGAAAGACAUCAUCGUGGAGUUCAUCAAGAACGAGGAUUUCAAAUACGUCCGCCUGCUUGGAGCCAUGUACAUGAGGCUGACGGGCACCUCGGUGGAUUGUUACAAAUACCUGGAGCCUCUUUACAACGACUACAGGAAAAUCAAGAGUCAGAACCGGAAUGGAGAGUUUGAGGUGAUGCACGUGGACGAGUUCAUCGACGAACUCCUUCACGCGGAGAGGAUGUGUGACAUCAUCCUGCCCAGGCUGCAGAAGCGGCAGGUCCUUGAGGAGGCCGAACUCUUGGACACGCGCAUCAGUGCCCUGGAGGAAGACCUGGACGAGGUGGAGAGCAGCGACGAGGAAGACGAGGAGGAGGAAAAGCCGGAGAGGAUACCCACCCCUGAGGCUCACAGACGGAGUUACCGUGACAACGACAGGCCCCGGCGCUCCCCCUCACCGCGCUACCGACGCAGCCGCUCCCCCAGACGAAGGAGCCGGUCCCCCAAGAGGAGAAGCCCGUCCCCGAGGAGGGAGCGCCGGGAGCACCGCAGCAAGAGCCCCCGGAGGCACCGGAGCCGGUCCCGGGACCGACGCCACCGCUCCAAGUCCCCUGGGCACCACAGAGGUCACAGACACCGCAGUCACUCAAAGUCUCCAGAGAGGAGUUCAAAGAAAAGUCACAAGAAGAGCCGAAGAGGAAACGACUAGUCCAUUCUGUCUUUCUACGUAUUAUUUUAAUUUAGCGUGUUCUGUGUCUUUUUUCAUUCUUAUUGAGACUUCAAAAUAAAGGCGGGAAAUGCCAUUCCAAAACGUGUCACGUUUGUAAGGAACUUUGACCAGAUGGCAAACGGUAAGUGGAAGUGAAGGAUACCCACCCAUUUCAGUCCAUGUACUACACCCCUGGCCUUUGGACGGUAUGAUUACUUUGUGAUAACACAAAUGAUAAAACAAUUGAGAUAAGAGGCAAUAUGAAUAUUCAUUCGCCUAAUAGUAUUAUUAUUUUUUGUCUUAAAUAAAACUCCUAUUUAUACUUCCCCUUGUAUAAAAAUAAUAUAGUCGGUGAUUACAAAGUAUGUGCUUUGUAACCAUUCUUUCAUUGCAUGGUGGAUUUCAACAUUGAAAGGCAUCUGAAAGUUGGUGCCAUUUUUAAUAAAUAAAGGAUUUUGUCUAAUUAGG